CAUGAGCUCCAGAUCAACCCGCCACUACCUCGCUAUACUGCUUCUCUUAAGCUUUACGUUGCUUAAUACUGUAAUCUCAUGGAGUAUUGACGAUCUUUGGCAAACCGCUGACCAGUUAUGGCAGUCCGAUGACUUGGACUCGGUUAUGGAAAUAUUGCAGCAUAUCGAGAGGCAACAGCCUGGAGAUCGACAAGCUCUCGUUGGCAUUGCAUCAGUUUACGAGCGACGAAGAGAAUUCGACAAAGCGCUGGAAGUUUUGAGCGCUCUAUUAGCCACAGAACCACGAAAUGUUAUAUUGUUGCAGCGGAUUGGCGAAGUUUACACGGGCAAACGGGAAAUACCAAAGGCGCUGAAAUUUUUGCACGCUGCAGAACGAGAGGUAGACCCAUUGGAUAAUGCGCAAGUGGAUUCCUUAAUGCGUGGAUUGGCGUUGGCGUAUCAUCAUGGGGGAGAUUUUACGAUGGCGGAGAGCUUGUUCAAACGCGUGGGCGAGAGUGGGCGUUCUGCGGCUUUUUACUUCGACUAUGGAGUCACUCUGGAUAAUUUAGGCAAGAUUUUAGAUGCUGCAGACGCCUACAAUGAGGCUCUGGCGAUCGAACCCACUCACGGUGAAGCGAGGAUUAACAUUGCUGCCCUCCACCAUCAACACGGCGAUGUGAAUGAGUCGAUUCCACACUAUCUGGAUGUGAUAAAUUCUCCUUCAGCUUCUGUAAAGCUGAAAAUUAUGGCAAUGGGCAAUGUUGGUGUGGCGUAUGAACUUACGAAAGAUAUUGUGAGCGCUUUGAGCUGGUACGAGCGCGCUUUAGAAGAAAUCACCGCUUCUCCUGAUACAAUUUACCCGAAUGGGUUAUCAGCACAGAUGGCACGGAUGCAUCUCAUGGUACAUGUGGUCCGAGCCAAGCUUAGUGCCUGCGUGUGGGCAAAUGCAGAAGACGAAUUUGAUUAUCUAUGGACGAUGGUAACCAGCCUGCAGUUAACGUCUGAUGCACGAUUGGUUUUCACACCGUUUGAUUCGUUACUGCAUGACAUGUCACCACAAGACAGAAAGUUAUUAGCUGUACAUUUUUCUACAGCGUUCAAUUCUGGUGGUGGUACAGAAAGCAAUGAUGUUGUACCGCCAGUAAAGCUAUGUGGAAAGCACGACAAGCAGUUAGCGAGUUUGAAUGUGGGAUAUCUAUCUUACGAUUUCUCGGAUCAUCCGACAGCGCAUCUGAUGGAGGGCAUAUUCGCAACUAGAGAUCGAGGUUCGAUCAAGGCGAUGGCUUUCGGGUAUGGGAGAGACGAUGGUAGCGCGAUCCGCCAAAGAGUAAUUGACAAUGUCGAUAAGUUUUUCGAUUUGUCUGCAGCUUCUUUCGAGCAGAGUGCCGAGGUGAUUCGUGAUGAACAUAUUCAUAUUAUUAUGGACGCACAAGGUCAUACUCGAGGAGGACGCAUGCAAAUUGUUGCAGCUCGACCAGCACCAAUUGUGGUCAAUUAUCUCGUGUACCCGGGAACGUCAGGCGCGCCGUUUAUCGAUUAUGUGAUCGUGGAUAAAUAUGUGGUGCCGCCUGCGGAGUUGGCGACAUCGUUCACCGAGAAGCUCGUAGUACUUCCUAAUUGCUACCAAGUCAACCACUAUGACCAAAUUCUCGCUUCAUCCGAAAGGAUAGCAAAGCGUUCGGAUUUGUGGAAAAUUGAGACACGAGAAGGUCAAUACGAUGGAUUUGUGUUCGUAAAUUUUAACAAGAUCGACAAGCUGAAGGCGUCUGUAUUCAGCACGUGGAUGUCCAUUUUACGCCGUGUGCCUAGGAGCUCUCUCUUGUUGUUGGACCCGGGGAGGAAUCAGAUGGGAGAUGGUGUUGCCGAAUCCGUCACGAGUCGUGAAAUUAAGAAAAACUUAUGGAAGGAGGCACAGGCACAAGGAAUCUCAAGAGGAAGAAUCCGAUUUGUGUCUAGGAUACCUAAGGGUGAGCACCUACAGCGCCAUCGAUUUGGAGGACUUUUUCUCGAUACAUUUAUCUAUGGUGCGCAUUCAACUGCGACCGAUGCACUGUACGCAGGACUCCCAGUCAUCACCUUAGCAGGCGACUCAUUCGCAAGCCGAGUUGGCAUCUCGCUGCUACAAAAUCUAGACAUGGAGGAAUUAAUCACGUUCAGUGUCAAGGAGUAUGAGGAUCUAGCAGUGUAUCUUGCACAGACCCCCUUCAUUCUAUCACGUUUACAGCGGCGACUCCGAAGUGAUAUAACGGAGUUCGGGCAGCCACUUUUUCGCACAGAGCAACACACGCAGCACCUGGAACAAAGUCAACGACUAAUGUACGACAUCUACACUCUCACAAACCGACCUUUUCAUAUAGUGGUUUGAAAAAGAAAUGGAUAUGAGGUUGUGAAUUUGUUGAGC